AUGACAAAGCAUCCACCUAACAGACGAGGAAUCAGCUUUGAAGUGGGAGCCCAGUUGGAAGCCCGGGACCGAUUAAAAAACUGGUAUCCAGCUCACAUAGAAGAUAUUGACUACGAAGAAGGAAAAGUACUUAUCCAUUUCAAGCGUUGGAACCAUCGUUAUGAUGAGUGGUUCUGCUGGGACAGUCCUUAUUUACGCCCUUUAGAGAAAAUACAGCUGAGAAAAGAAGGCUUACAUGAAGAGGAAGGAUGUUCUGAAUUUCAAAUAAAUGAGCAAGUCCUUGCUUGCUGGUCUGAUUGUCGUUUUUAUCCAGCCAAAGUCACCGCUGUUAACAAGGAUGGUACUUACACUGUGAAAUUUUAUGAUGGAGUAGUUCAGACUGUCAAACAUAUUCAUGUCAAAGCUUUUUCCAAAGAUCAGAAUAUUGUGGGUAACGCUAGGCCUAAAGAAACAGAUCACAAAAGUCUUUCAUCAUCUGAUAAACGACAGAAGUUUAAAGAGAAGAGAAAAGUCACAGUCAACCUGAAGAAAGACAAAGAAGACAAAGCCUUAAAGACAGAAAAGCGAACCAAGCAUCCUGAUAAAGAAGGAAAAUCAAUCUGUUCUGAAAAGGGAAAGGUGUCAGAGAAAAGCCUUCCCAAGAACGAGAAGGAAGAUAAGGAGAACAUUUCAGAAAAUGACAGAGAGUACUCUGGAGAUGCUCAAGUGGAUAAGAAACCUGAAAAUGACAUUGUGAAGAGUCCACAAGAAAACUUGAGGGAGCCAAAAAGAAAACGAGGCAGACCCCCUUCCAUAGCUCCUACUGCUGUGGAUUCAAACUCUCAAACUUUGCAACCAAUAACAUUGGAAUUGAGAAGACGAAAAAUAUCAAAAGGAAGUGAAGUUCCAUUAAAACGUCCUCGGCUUGACAAAAAUUCAUCCCAGGAAAAGUCAAAAACCUACCCAGCAAACACUGACAAAGACUUAUCAAGGAGACGGUCCUCUAGGCUGUCUACAAAUGGGACCCAUGAGAUCUUAGAUCCUGACUUGGUUGUAUCGGAUAUGGUUGAUACAGUUAAUACUGAUUCUUUGCAAAACACAUCACCCAGUUCCAAAGAGUCUGAAGAAGGUCAGUUGAAAUCUCCUUUGGAAGCUGGACAGAUAUCAUCUGCACUAACUUGCCACUCCCUGGGAGAUGGAUUGGGGGUUACAGACUUGGAGUUGAACUGCAAGUCAAUGGGAGAAAACGCUAUGAAAACAGAACCGGCUUCUCCCCUUGCUGAGUUUCAAGAGAUUUCUGCUGUGGCAGUAACAAAUAAUUUUAAGAAAACUGUUGAUACUGUGACAUCUAAAGCACCAGCUGUCGACCUAGACCACAAAUUUAGGUGCAAGGUUGUGGAUUGUUUAAAAUUUUUCCGCAAAGCCAAGCUGUUGCACUAUCACAUGAAGUAUUUCCAUGGAAUGGAGAAGUCUCCAGAGCCAGAGGAGAGCCUAGGAAAGAGGCAUGUCCAAACAAGGGGUUCUUCAGCUUCAGACAGGGUCAGCCAGGAGAGCCUGACCAGGAAGCGAGUCUCUGCCAGCUCCCCAACUGCAAAAGACAAGGAAAAGAAUAAAGAGAAGAAAUUCAAAGAGUUUGUGAGAAUGAAGCCAAAGAAGAAAAAGAAAAAGAAGAAGAAAACCAAACCUGAAUGCCCCUGCAGUGAGGAGAUCAGUGACACCUGCCAGGAACCUUCUCCACCCAAGGCAUUUGCUGUCACCAGGUGUGGGUCCUCACACAAGCCUGGGGUCCAUAUGAGCCCACAGCUCCAUGGCUCAGAAUCUGGAAACAACAAAGGGAAAGUGAUGAAAGUACCUGAGGAGGAUAAUCUGAGUGAGUCUUCUUCUGAGAGCUUUCUUUGGAGCGAUGAGGAGUAUGGGCAAGACGUUGAUGUGACGACCAACCCAGAUGAGGAACUCGAUGGGGAUGACCGCUAUGAUUUUGAAGUGGUCCGCUGCAUCUGUGAGGUUCAGGAGGAAAAUGACUUUAUGAUUCAGUGUGAAGAGUGCCAGUGCUGGCAGCAUGGAGUCUGCAUGGGAUUACUAGAAGAAAAUGUGCCUGAGAAAUACACCUGCUAUGUUUGCCAAGACCCUCCAGGUCAGAGGCCUGGCUUAAAGUACUGGUAUGACAAGGAGUGGUUGACUAGGGGACAUAUGCAUGGCCUGGCAUUUUUAGAAGAUAACUAUUCUCACCAGAAUGCUAAGAAGAUUGUGGCCACCCACCAGCUUCUUGGGGAUGUGCAGAGAGUGAUUGAAGUUCUGCAUGGCCUGCAGCUCAAGAUGAGCAUCUUGCAAAGCAGGGAGCAUCCUGAUCUGCAGCUGUGGUGUCAGCCUUGGAAACAGCAUUCAGGGGAUGGGAGAUCUCAUUCCAGACACAUCCAAGUCGCUGAAGCCAAGAGCAAGGAGGAAGCCCCAAGCUAUAGAACUUUGAAUGGGGCAGUGGAGAAACCCCUGCCCCUGCCUCGGUCUGUGGAGGAGUCGUAUAUCACUAGUGAGCACUGUUACCAGAAGCCCCGCGCCUAUUACCCUGCUGUGGAGCAGAAGCUGGUGGUGGAGACGCGGGGCUCUGCCCUUGAUGCAGUCAACCCCCUCCAUGAGAAUGGUGAUGAUUCCCUCUCCCCACGCCUGGGCUGGCCUCUAGACCAAGACAGGAGCAGGGGGGACAGUGACCUCAAACCCAGCUCUCCAAAGGUGAGGGAAUAUGUUUCCAAAAAGGUCCUACCAGAGGAAACCCCUGCUCAAAAGCUGCUGGACAGAGGUGGAGAGGGGCUCCUGAACUCCCAGCACCAGUGGCAGUUUAACCUGCUGACCCAUGUGGAAUCUCUUCAAGACGAAGUCACGCAUAGGAUGGACUCCAUUGAGAAGGAGCUGGAUGUGUUGGAGAGCUGGCUGGACUAUACUGGGGAACUGGAGCCCCCGCAGCCCCUGGCCAGGCUUCCACAGCUCAAGCAUUGCAUUAAGCAGCUGCUGACGGACUUGGGCAAGGUGCAGCAGAUCUCGCUCUGCUGCUCAACAUGA